AUGCUGGUAUUUGCACAUCUACAGCACCCUUUUCCCAGAGACCCGGGCAAAGAAGGCAGUGCAGGCUCACAGCAAUGUGAUGCCACCGUGCCCCUACCUGCUCCGAGCCACCCCAAGCUGAGGUCUGGUGCGUGGAAACGACGGUCACUAACAGGGAUCUUCCAGGGUCGUAGGAACAUGUUGGUCUUUUCUGUGCCACAGGGCGCCUGGCCGUCACCCUGCCCUGGCAAUAUCACAGACCACGAGGCCGCACUGUCCCCUGACACCGUAGCCAUAAGGCCCUGCCAGGUCCUGCGCUACAUCACAGGGACCGGCGCCACAGCCGAGCCUGCCCGCGCCUCUGCAGACGGGCUGAGAAGCCGCGAGCCCCUCGCAGGGAUCAGCAUCAGCGUGGAAGGAGCUCUCGGGGCGGCCCGGGGGACCCCUGGAGAGCCCGGUGGAGGAGGAGUCGGGGCUGUGGGGACAGGGCAGCAGCAGAGCACCACAUCCCCAGACCUUGGGGGUGCCGCCAGCCAACCUGCACCUGCCACGCAAGAGAGGCAAGGGCCCAAGCGCUCGUCGGGCACCGCCAAUGCUGGCUUUGUGGAGGACCCGCCGCCCUACUCUCCUCCAGACCCAAAGAUGCUUCACUUGCUGUACCCGCCGUUCCAGGCCCCUGGCUCAGGACAAGUGCCCAUCACGUACCAGCCAGGACCCGUGCACCACCCUGCCUGCUCCCAGUCGAAUCUACCUCCUGUCUUCUUCCCUUACGCGAUUUACAACGGGCCGCCUGGCACUGGGCUUCCGGCACCCGUCAACAGGAGACGUCCGCCCAAGGACUACAUGGUGGAGUCCGUGCUGGUGAUGAUCUUCUGCUGCUUACUGACGGGGAUGAUCGCUCUUGUGUACUCCCAGGAGACACGAGCAGCCCUGGGCAGAGGAGACCUCAUCCAAGCCAAGCUGGCAUCCAGGAAAGCUCGGACCCUGAUCCUCUUCAGUCUGCUCUUCGGCGUGUUUGUGUCUGUCAGCUGGGUCAUCUACGUGGUGGUGGCUCUCUACAUAUGACCAUGCCCGGGAGACAACAGGAUGCAGCACGUUCUCUGCAGAGCUCAGCACUGCCGUCCACGUGAGCAGCAAAGGGACACAUACCUAGCUGGGGGCUAAGAGGAGUGCAGUGGUACAGAGAUCAGAGGGUCUCCCCCACCUCUGCCCCAGCAGCCAGCAGGGAUUGCACAGCACGGGUACAUCUUCGGCCUGUGUUUGGCGCUGCAUUUUCUUCCUCCAGUGCAGUGACCGUACAGGCCCUGCGGUAGCCACAGCCAACCCAACCCAACCACUUGCACCCAGAGAGCAACAGUCACAAGGAAGCAGCAAAGCCAACACAAGAACAAACCGCCCUGCCUCAUCCUGCCCCAGGGGACGGGAAGAUAAAGUGACCCAAGCUCCCCCAGGCUGAUUGCCGCAUUGCUUCACUAGCCUGGUCCCAAUCCCAAAACGAGACCUCACCCCUAUGCCAGGUAUCAGGCUGCAACAGCUGCAGGACCCAUCAGCCUCCGUGGCCUCAUUGAGACCCUGGGAGCUCUAUUCCCAGAGCAACUGCUUAAGGGGAAAGCAAUGAAAGCCCACAGUAGGAUGAAGCCAGGGAGGCUGCAGUACUGAAGCCCUCCCCUGACAAGGGCAUCCCACGCUAAGUUCACCCUUGUUUCACACCAUCAGAAAAACCGAGCCUGGAGGACUCUUGCUUUGCUCGUGCUGAUCAACGAUCUCCCUAGAAACACCAGAGCAAUAGGAGUCGGCAGAGGGAAAAGCCCCGCGGGAUCAGCUGAAUUACGCUUCCCCUUGCCGCACAAUUUGUUUUGGACAAACACCCAAAAGAUUAUCCCAUUUUAUUGGACUGACACAAGAGAUGCUAUGAGCCUACCUGAAUAUAAGCUUCUAACACCCAGAAUCCAGGUUAAAAGCAGAGACCAGCCAACAGAAGCUGUAACCCAAAAGGCAGUGUUAUUUCUGGAUUCCCUAGGGAUCACAGCCCAAAAAAGCUCAUUAUAAAACACCCUCUUUUUAAAAAAAAUAGGAAAGAAUUUAAGAAACUCUAUUACAGGGAAGCUACAAAUAAUUUUCCCUUCUCUUUCUGUUCCUGUAUUUACAUAAAAAUAGGUUUA